AUAGGAAUAGAAUUUAUAUCACUGGAAAGGUUUGCAAAUAGGUCCAUCACAUCAACCAAGAGCCGCAAAAAAGCUUCACAAAUGGUGGGAGUGCGAGUGAAUGGUUUAUCAUCUGCCAAAAGGCUGUACCAGACGAUUCUGUAUCAAUCCUCACGAACAAUUGCAUCCAAUAUAUUGAUUCAGGAGCCAGUUUCUCGAAUCAAGACAAACCUUGAUUCAGAAAUGGUGGGAAAAUCAGGCAUCGAAAACCUCGACCUUUCAUGGGAUUCGCUCCUGACCUCUAUUUAUUCUUCCUCCCCUCACAAAGCUCAGCUCGUUCUUGAAUGGGGAUUACAGAAGUUGCAAAAAGAAAACGAGAAAAACCAUGAUAUUUACUUGGAAUUAAUCCAUCUCUGUGGGAAGAUCCAAAACACACAAACAGCAAUGCGUGUUUUCACUUUAAUGGAGAAUCAAGGUCUAAAGCCAACUUCCAUCAUUCUCAACGCCCUAAUUUCUGCUCACUUAUCUUCAGGUAAUGUCAUCACUGCACUUAGCAUAUUUCAGCUAAUGCAAAACUCAGAGGACUAUAAACAACCUACUUCUCACACAUACAAUUUGUUCAUUUCGGGAUUUGCAAACAUGGGAAACAGUAAGGCAAUGGUGGCAUGGUAUGAAGCCAAAAUGGCCUCUGGGUUUUCAGCUGAUUUAGAUACUUAUGAGACUAUCAUUUUAGGUUGCAUAAAGUUAAAAAGAUUCGAAGAUGCUGAUAGAUUUUACAGAGACAUGUUAGUAGCAGAAUUCAAGCCUAACACAUCAAUACUACAUAAUAUGCUUGUGGGGUUAUGUGAACGAAAAGAUUUGGUUAAAAUCAGAGGGUUUAUGCAGAGUAUAUUGGAUCAUAAAUGGGAGAUUAACAUGUGUAUGGCUGAUAAGCUUGUGGGGUUUUAUUGUGAGUUAGAAUUAGUGAAAGAAUUGGAGUGGGUGGUAGAGAAGAUUAGGAAUACGAAUCUCGAUUUUGAUGUUGUUUCUCAAUUUCACAAUGGUUUGAUUAGGGUUUAUGCUAAAUUGGAUAGAUUGGAUGAUUUGGAGUAUUGUAUUGGGAGGAUGUUGAAAGAAGGAGUGUCUUUUAGGUCACAUAAAGAUGUGGAAAUGGUGGUGUGUUGUUAUUUUCGUGGGGAUGCUUAUGAUAGAUUAGAGGUGUUUUUGGAGUUUAUAAAGGAUUCACAUAAACUUGCAAGAUCCACUUAUGAGUUAUUGGUUGCUGGUUAUCGUAGAGGUGGAUUAUAUGAAAAAGUUGAUUUUUUGAUUAAAGAUUUGGAUAAUGUUUGUUGAUGAAGGAAAAAUCCCAUUGCUAUGAUAUGUAGAAGCUAUUCACAUUUAAGCCAAAUGUAUGUUGCUAUAUCUUUGAGGUUCAUAAUCUUUUACUUUCUA